AUGCUGGGCGGAUGGGGUCAUGGCAGUGGCUCCGCAAGCAACCUCGUGUCUCCCGACGACGCCGCAGCCGCACAACAGGCCAACAAGGCAGGGGCACAAUCUCAAGUAGCGGAUUCUGGCAAACGUCCGGCAGCCGGCAGCGACGGCCCUGCCGUCGACGACGAUGAGCCGGCGGAGAAGCUCGAUCCCGAGGAGUUGGCCGCUCUCAAUGCCAUCAUCAACACGAGGAGGAGCAUGGCUGCUGCUCAGGCACUAGUCAACGGGCAGGUCAGCUUCAAUCCCCGUCCAGCUCGAGCAGGAAGUCAGGGCAGUACCACCUCGGCGAGCACCAGACCCACUCUAGCGGAUCUCCGAGCCGGUUCGCAGGACAGCGUUCCGAGCAUGAGCUCCAUUGGACAGACGAGCAGCAGCGUCGAGAGCACCCACGAAACACUCCCCUGCGUUGCCGUCGGACACGCCUCAGGAACCCCGUCAUCUCCUGGCGAACGUCUGGGCGACAUCGCAGCAGUGGGCUUUUCCGCGUCCCUGCUCGGUAGCAGCCCCAGCAGGCAGGCAAAGAUCCGUUUCGCGCCGCUGCCCCAGGCUUUCGGGCCGCUGUCCUCAAAGGCCGACAUGGACGGCGAGGCGCCCGAUCGUCCCGACGCCACUGUCCACGUCGGCGACACGGCGAGAGUGCAUGAUCAUGCGAAUCGUCUGAAGAGGACCGAUAGCAACCUAAGCGAGGACGUCGACAGCGACUCUGACUAUGACAGCGACGAUUCGUCGACGGGUAAAGGCAAAUGGUAUCUCAUGGGGAUGCCUUCCUCUGUCUUCAAGCCGGAGCACUAUCAGAAAGCUCGCCGUCGCGGUCGCCAUUCAAAAACGCCCAGCGUCAGCGGCUUCAGCAGCGGCGAAGAGACGGUCGACUCCAAAGAGGCGAGGGUCAGCCGGCGCAAGAGCACCGGCAGCGUGAGCGAGCUUCUAAGCCAGGAGUUGGUCCGCAUCGGCUGGAGCCGCGAGCCUUCGAACGCCCCAAGUGACAAGGACGACGACGAACGCGGCAGGAAACCCGGCCGAUCCCGUUCAAAGAGCAGGGCAUCGUCAUCCUCGCGCAAGUCGAAUCGCUCCAGCAGCAGGAAUGGAGCCCGCGGAUCAGGCGAUGAGGACGAGAGAGCGCGGAGGAGGGAGCUCAUCCGGCUGGCCCGACCGGGUGGCACCGGCAUGGUCACACUCGCUGACGGCACCAAGAUCCGAGCACGUCGGGUCAAUGAUCCAGUCCAAGAUCUUGGCGAGCCUGAGUUCAACGAGUGGGGCUUCGCUGGUCUCGCCAAGGAAGCCUCCAGGAGGGGCAACGGCACACGAGCCAGCGGCGAUCUAACUGACCCUUACCUGGACGAAGAGGACGACGGGUCUGGCAUGGCUUGGGUUCGCCGCCGCCGGAGAGAGAGAGAAGAAAAAGCCCUUCGAGAGGCUGAGAAUGCCAGGAUCGCCAGUCUGCAAUCUGCUGUAGCAGAAUCGGAGGUAGUCGCCGAGUCAGAGGCGGGCGACAUCACGAUCGACGCCAGCCCGGCUCCCGCAAGACACGCCAAACCUGCCCUCGCGGUCGGCAGUGCUCCCCCCACCAAGCCUUUGGCUGGCUCUCCAAGACCCGAAGUCCCCGCAGAUGCUGCGGAUGCAACUCCGAUCGACGUAAACGCGGUCGCAUUCGAUGUUCAGGCAACGGAUUCUGUCGCGGACAACGCUUCGGUCACAUUUGAGGUGCCGUCUCUGGUCCAAGACAGAGCCCCAGCAACGACGCCAGAGACUGGAUCGCUCUCCGGAAGCGGAUUGCUCAAGAAGAUCGAGUCGCGCGCAUCUGACAAGGCCGCACCCCUCACGCCUGGCCUCGCGCUGUCGGCCGAUCAAGCAGAAGAGAUCCGACGGAGGCAUGAGAACGAAGUGUACGCUUUGGGAGCCGAAGUGCUGGCUCAAAACCGCCGCAACGCCCAGCGCCGCGCAAGUGCGAAGGGCGCGGCGAACAGCACUCAUUCGAACGCUCACGCACACCCUACCAAGCCCGGCAAGUCGACAAAUGCGGCCUCCUCGUCUCAACCUGGCUCCAAGCUGGCUUCGAAGCCGAACUCUCGCGAUGGCUCUCGCGAAGGCAGGCGCAUCGACGAGCUCCAACCGCUGUCGACGAUCUCGAAGGCUUUCUUGCCAAGCCUGCGCAAAGCGACCGGAGACAGCGAGCGGACCAUUUCUCCUGGCAAGGCGCAGGUCGCUACCGACGAUGUGUCGCCCGCGAAGCGAGCAUCCGGAACGCGCCCUCAGGCCCUGUUGGUCGACGAUGGGGUCCACGUCCAAUCACCCACAUCGUCGAUCGUUGACAUCCGCAACGCGAGCCCUUUGAUCGAGAUCAACGAUGCUGCACCAAUGAAGCGGAUCGACAGCGAAGAGGCGCUCUCGAGAAGGAGCUCGACGAUUGACCAGGCGACUUCCCCGAUCGGGUCCACGCAAUCCCCAUACAACCUGCUUCAGGGCAGCGCAUCGCAGGCUUCCAACCUCUCGGUACAGACGAUGUCGAGGGUCGGGCCGGCGCACUCUCCGAAGUCUCGGCGGAUCCAUCUCGACCCGAGCGUCAGCGUGCCGGCGCCGUCGCCGUGGCUACCACGCCGGCCCGACGCCAAGGGCAUGGCCGUGGUCCCGCUGCCACAGCUCGGCAUCCGCCCCGAACGCCCGCACGAGGGCAGGGUCUGGCAAUACGACGACGUCGACGACAGCUCGGAUGAGUCCGACGGGGAUCGGGGCACGCGACCCCCCGUCAUGCGCAUCAAUAGUCACGUCGACAGCGACGACGAUGACCUGAACGCCGAGGAGCUGGAGGAGGAGGAGAGGAAGACGGCGAUGCAGAAGAAGCGAGCCACUACGCGGGCCGCCGGUCAAGAGGUGGUUUACUCUCGAUCCAUGGCAGUCGACGCCCGCUCUCAACCGCCGGACGUUAAAGCUCACAGGUCAAGCGGGGCAGACACAGAGGGCAGGGCAGCAACUGCGCGCUCCAGAUCGGUCAAAGCCAUCAACAGCGCCACCUCUCUGCGCCAGCACCCCGACAAGAAAGCGAGGGCGACAACGGCAUCGACUAGCCACAAGGCACCUCGGGCAUCGAGAUCCCUCAGCAACGUCCACGCCAGCACAUCCAUGGCCGACAUCCUCGGGGACGAUGAAGAGGAGAAGAAUCUCUGGCCAGCGGCGGCAGCCUCGGCGUCGUCCAAGUUUGGCACCCCCAAGCCCCGGCACAUCCUCGUCAACCUACCCGGAGGACCGGGGAUCUGGGACAGCAAAAAGGGCGGCGGCGCCAACGCAGUGGCCGCCAUCAACAGCGUGGCUGCUGCCCGGGCCAAGGCGAUCAAGGAGCGGGCCCAGCGGCACAAGUCGGCCGGCACGCGCGAGAGCUUUGAGCUCCCAGAAAACUGGGACGAUGAGAUGAUGGACUACGGCUGGCCGCGCAGCCUCAAGGGGAGCCUCUACUGA